GCAGUCGAGUAGUACAGGAGCAUGGCGGACGAGGGCGACGACGUCGACGCGGGCAACAAGGACGAGGGCAACAAGGAGCCCCGGGCGCGCGAUGAUACGGCGGUCGCGAUCAUGGGCAAUGUCCUCGAGAAGCUUCGGAUCCUCGGCUACGACAAGGAGCUCUCCAAGAAGAAGAACUUUGUCCCGCUCACCGAUACGCAUUACGCCCUGGCGGCGACGAGCACGAGUGGCGGGCAGUUCAAAGGGUUCCUCGAGCUGGUCGUGUUCCUGAUGAAGAUCUGCGACCAAGACUUUGUCGUUGACAAGUACGACGACCCGAACACGAGCGUCAACAAGCUCAUUCUUGCGCUGAAAAUGAUGGGCUUCCCGCUCGACUUUCCCGCGGCCAAGCUCAAGCAAGGCUACGGCGAGGCUGUGUGCUCGGCGCUCGAGUUCAUCUGCGACAAGGCGCUCGCGGCCAAAGGUUUUAGCUGGACGAAACCCAAGUACCCCAAGGAAGAGUACGCUGAAGAAGCCGAAGUCGACGAGAACCUCGAGGUCGAAGCCGACGACGACGUGGUGGUGGAGGAAGAGGAAGAGCUGUACACGGAUUUGAUCCGUGCCAAGACCGAAGACUCGGAGCUCGAAGCGUCGACCAACCAAAUCAUCUUGGCGGCGGUGGACCCGCUGCUGUGGAAAACAGAGCUCGAGCGCGUCGGCCCCAAGCUCAAAUCCAAGAUCAAGGAGGACGACGGAAAGGAGUGGCACACGCACAUUGAGCAAACCAAGAAACACGAUGCGACGAUCCAAGAGAACCUCGCGUCGACGGCCGCGCAGCUCAAGGAGAUCACAAAGCAGCUGACCGAAGUCAUUGGCCGCAUGGACGCCAAGGAAAAGUACAUCAACAACCAGUUUGACCACUUGCGACAAGAGUACCAUCAAGUGAAAGAGAGGCUCCUCGCGGUGAGCGAGCGCUGCAAGGAAGGCACCGAGAAGGUCAACGGCAUGACCAACCAACACACGGAGAUCACCGAGCAGCUGCGAGAGACCAAGACGGACAUGGACAGCAAGGGUAGCAAGAUGACGGAUACAACACCGCUCGUACAAAUCAAGUCGGCGCUGCAGACCCUCAAGGGCGAGAUCAAGAACUUUGAGCUGCGCAUCGGCGUUGUCGGCCACACGCUCCUGCAGUCGAAAUCCAAGCACAAAAUGCACGGCAAACGCCCGGGGGACUCGAAAGCCGCGGACCCCGAGUACGACCACAGCGACGACGACUUGGAUUGAUCAUCCAAGUCGUCGUGAGUCUUCCCGAGUCGACUAGAGUCAACAACGCGCAGAGGUAUCGGUCGGCAAACUAUAGUAUGCGAAAUGUGAAUGUACCAAUGCCGUCGUUGCGCCGU